AUGUUUGCGGCCGGCAUUUGGCUUCCAGCAUGUGCCGACAAGUCUAGUGUCGUUUGCUCCCGGUGCUCCGGCCGCGGACACCGUGCAGCCGACUGCGUGAAGCCCUUCUACCGUGUGUGCAACCAUUGCAAGCAGCUUGGGCACUUGGUGAAAGCUUGCCCGGAGCUCAAAGCGAAAAAGGAAAGCAAGGAGAAGAAAGAGAAGGAGAACGACGCUCGGAGUGAAUCUGAGGUGAGCACCACUGCUUCAGAAUGGUCCGGGAAGUCCACGCGAUCGCGUGGUUCCAGAAAGGGCAAUUCCAAUGGAGCUGUUGGGCAGUGGCAGCCGCAUCACUGGGUCCUUAGUGAGGACGAGGAGCGAGAAGCUCGCAAGCUGGAGAAGAAGCUGCGAGAGAUUUCCGCUCUGGAGCGGAUGCGGGAUGAGGGCAGGGUCUUGGACGUGCUGCAGCUGCAGAAGCUGCAGCGCAAGAGCGAGAUCGAGGGCCACGACAUCCUGCGCAAAGUGCGCCUGGGAUAUCGCCGUGUCGUUUGCUCCCGGUGCUCCGGCUGCGGACACCGUGCAGCCGACUGCGUGAAGCCCUUCUACCGUGUGUGCAACCAUUGCAAGCAGCUUGGGCACUUGGUGAAAGCUUGCCCGGAGCUCAAAGCGAAAAGGGAAAGCAAGGAGAAGAAAGAGAAGGAGAACGACGCUCGGAGUGAAUCUGAGGUGAGCACCACUGCUUCAGAAUGGUCCGGGAAGUCCACGCGAUCGCGUGGUUCCAGAAAGGGCAAUUCCAGUGGGGCUGCUCGGCAGUGGCAGCCACAUCACUGGGUCCUUAGCGAGGACGAGGAGCGAGAAGCUCGCAAGCUGGAGAAGAAGCUGCGAGAGAUUUCCGCUCUGGAGCGGAUGCGGGACGAGGGCAGGGUCUUGGACGUGCUGCAGCUGCAGAAGCUGCAGCGCAAGAGCGAGAUCGAGGGCCACGACAUCCUGCGCAAAGUGCGCCUGGGAUAUCGCCGAGCCCAGCUGCCAGCGCUGGCCGAGUAG